AUGAUGGAAUCUAAUAAAAAACAGAAUGGUGGUAAGCCACCAUCUACAGCAAUAAAUAUACCAAGUUCAAAACAAUCACCAACUUCUUCCUCUUCUUCCUCUUCCUCUUCUUCAUCAUUGAAGCAAAAGUCAACAAUUACAACUUCAUCUCCAACCACUUCAACCCCAAUACCAAUACCAACAACCACCACUGUAAUUAUUGGUAGUACAGGCAAUAAUAGCAAUAGCAAUAGCAAUAACAAUAGUGCAGGAAAUAGCGCAAACAAUUCAUUUAAAAAGGGUUUAAUUUCUAAACAAUCAGCACGUCCAACACCAACCCCGAGUAUAUCAUCAUCCUCUUCGACAAGUAUAAAAAAUUCAAAUGCAAGUGUUAGUAUGUCUAGUAGUCCAAAUAAUGGAGGAUUUACUAAACCUUCAUCAGCCCCAUCAUCAUUUGGUGGUGGUAUGCUAUCUAGAAUGCAACAACAACAACAACAUCUACUACGUAACGCUUCAAAUAAUACUCGUAAUAGUAUAACAACUACAAAUAGUGGCUUCUUAAGACCUGUUGGUAUACCACUAUCAUCUUCAUUUAACCAACCCAAAACAAAUCCAACCACUACCAAUAAUAAUAGCAAUAGCAAUAGUAGUGGUAGUAAUAAUAAUAACAAUAAUAAUAAUAAUAAUAAUAAUAAUAAUAAUUUAGGUGCAUCAUAUUCAUCAAAUAGUUCAAUGUCAUCACCAAGAAUUCAUUAUAGUGGUGGUGGUGGAGGUGGUGGGAGUAGUAAUAGCACUACUCAUCAAUUUAGUAGUAGUAGUAGAAAUAUAAUGAUGUCAACAUCAUCGGAUAGUUCAACAUCGACAUCACCAAAUUUCUCUGGAUUUUUAAGUAAACAAUCACCAAAUAGUUAUUAUAGUGGAUUUGGUGUACCAAGUAGUUUUUCAUCAACAUCACCAUCACCAACAAACUAUAGAAACCAACAAAAACCAUCAUCAUCUAUUUUCCUUAGACCUUCACCACCUGGUUCAUUUCAUACCCCUGUCUCUUCACAUAAUAGUUUUUUAAUGCCAUCACCUCAAUCAGCUUCUGAAGUAUAUGGUUCAAAAAAUAAUAAUAAUAAUACUUUUUCAUCAAUUCCUACACCUAAAAAUCAACCAAAAACUAAAACUAUUGGUUUUGAUGUACCAUCAUCAAAUAAUAAUAAUAACAACAACAACAACAACAACAACAACAACAACAACAACAACAACAACAACAACAACAACAACAACAAUAGUAAUAGCAAUAAGACAACAACAACAACCACAACUACUACAACAGGUACACCAAAAACAAAUAGAAGAAGGACAUCAUCACUUUUAGGUAAAGAUGAGAUGAUACCAUCUCAUGAGUUAGAAUUUGAUUCACAAGAUAGUGAUGGAUCAGACAAUGGGGAUGACUUUUUCGAUGAUUUAGAGGAUGAAGAAGAGAAUAUAGAUGAUGAAAUGAAAUCACCACCACCAAAAGAAACUAGCCCAUUACCAACUGCUAGAGGCGUAUUUAGUAGUAGUAGUAGUAAUAGUGGUAGUAGUAAUAUUAGUGGUAGUGGUAGUAGCGGUAAUACUAAUAAUAAUAGUAGUAGAGUAAAAUUUGUAAAUAUAGAAAAUGUAGAUAGUAUAGCAAUAGAUAAAAUGGUUAUGGAAGGUUGGAAAAGACUUAUCCCUAGAUUUCAUCAAAAAGAUGCAUGUGUAAAAAUAAUUCAAAAUAUUGUGGAACAAUUUAAAAUUGAUUCAAAAAAGAUAAUACCAUUAUCACCAGCAACACCUUUAGCGACACCUUUAUCACCAAUGGGUUUAUUAUUUGCUCCGUCAUCAACAAAUUCUGAUCAUAGUAAUUAUUCUUCAACAAGUGGUAGUAACAAUAAUAAUCAAAAUAAUCAAAAUAAUAAUAAUAAUAAUAAUAAUAAUCAAAAUAAUAAUAGUCAAGUAAUAAAACCAGUUAAAAAUUCAAAAAAUUAUUUAAUUCAACAUGCAGCAGGGUCAGGUAAAAGUCAUACGAUUGCAUCAUUAAUUACAAAUUUAUAUAGAUUAUUAGAAGAUGGUAAAUUGAAAUAUGAUUUAAUACUAGUGAUUAAUGAUAAAAGACAUUUAGAUUAUCAACUUGGUUCAAUUAUUACUCAAUUUUUAAAAGAUAAUGAUUUAACAUCAAUUUCACAUCCAAAUACAAUUGCAUUAUUGGAAAAGAUUUUAACAAAAGCUAAAACUAGAGUUGUAAUCUCAACAAUGCAAAAGUUUUCAAAAGUUAUUGAUACUCAUGGAUUUGAUCAUAUUUCAAAUAAAUAUAAAUCAAUUGCAAUUAUUUCUGAUGAUAUUAGAUCAAUGACAAAUACUUUUAGUUCAAUAUUAAAUGGUGAAACUAGAGAAAAGAAUAAUAUAACAUAUUUUUGUUUUACAAGUACACCAAAACCAAAAGCUUUAGAAUUAUUUGGUGAUACAAGAGGUAAUUUAAGAGUACCAUUUCAUACUUAUUCAAUAGAGAAAGCAUUACAAGAUAAAAUUGUUAUGAAUUGUAUUGAUCAUUAUACAACUGUUUCAAUUUUAACCAAAGUUUCAAAUGAUAAAACAAGUGAUACCUUUUUUAAUGAUGAAAAUAAAUCAUCUUAUCAUAUUUUAAAACAUCCAAAUAAUGAUAAAAAAAUAAUUCAAGAAAAGUCAUCAUAUAUUAUAAAACAUUUUUUAAAAUUAAGAGAACAAAUUAAUAAUGAUGAAUUUAAUUGUAGAGCAAUGUUAGUUACAAAUAGUAGAGAACAAAUUUUAUUAUAUAAACAAACAUUGGAAUCAUUGGUGAAAUCAUUACCAAAGAAUCAAAAAUUUGAUAUUAUAGCAUCAUUUGCAAAGUUUAGUUUAAAGAAAAAAGAGAAAGCGGAAUAUGAUGAAAAGAUAAAUGGUAGUUAUGCAGAAUACUUUUCAAAGAGAAAUGGUAUCUCGGAAAUCUUGAGAAAUGAUAAGAAACAUAGAGUGCAAUUGAUCAUUGUUGCCGAUAAGCUAUCAUCAGGUUUCGACGAGCCAUCAUUGGCCGUGAUGUAUGUCGAUAGAGCUUUAAAGGGUGCCAGUGCCGUUCAAACUAUUGGUAGGUUAAGUAGAGUUUCCAAGGGAAAGAAUGCAUGCUAUAUAGUUGAUUUUGUAAAUACUCGUCGAGAGAUCUCUGAUGCGUUUGGUCAAUAUUGGAGGGAAACCUGUCUAAAGGGUGAAACUAGGAAAACCGUACUCGAGUUGAAAUUGAAUAGAGUGUUGGGUAAACUAUCUGCAAUUGAACCGUUGGCAAAUGGAAGAUUAGAAGAAUCGGUUGAAUAUAUUCUUCGUGAUGAUGAAAAGAGAAAAAAAGAAAGAAAAGUCGGUAGUAUCACCGAUGAUAUCACCUCUUAUUUCGAACUUUGUAAUCAACUACUUUGGGAUAAUGUACCACCAAUGAAUACUAAGUUCUUGGAAUUAGUUAAAUAUCACGUUUGUGAUAAACGUUUAAAUUCACAAAUGCAUUCAAUUAAAUCAUUAUUACAAAAUAUAGAAAGUAAAAGUAGUACAUUAGUAAUGAAUCAACAACUCAACUCAUCCAAUGGUCAAAGUGGUUCAUCAGUAGGUGGUGUAGCACAAACUUUAAUGACUCCAAAUUCUGAAUCAUUUCAAUCAUCAUCAAAACGUGGUAUUGUUAAUCGUCGUCAACAACAACAACAACAACAACAACAACAACAAUUUGAUAGUAGUAGUAGUGGUGGAGGUGGUGGUAAACAUAUUUUAAAGAGUGAAAAUGGUGGUUAUAAAAUAUUAGAUUCAAUCAAUAAACAAGAUGAAGAAAUGGAUUUAGAUGCAGAGAAUUUAGAAUUUGCAAGAGAGAUUUGGUCAUCAAAUCCUGAAAUUAAACUUCAUUCUAGAUUAUUAGGUGAUAUUGAUCAAGAGGAGGAGGAAGAGGAUGAUGAAAUGGAUGAUAUUGGUUUCAAUUUGAAAAUGUUUGAAUCUGCUGAAACCAUUGAACAAGUCAUUGAGAUUGUUGUUGAAUUUGUUUCAAAGAAUGGUCAAACCUUUGAAACUGCAAUUCAAAAUCAAUCGAUGUCUGCAAUCUUUCCAUUCCUUGAUCCAUCCAAUCAAUAUUAUCCAAUCUAUAAAACUAAAUUAGAUAAAGCACGUAUUAAAUUCAAUGCUGAACAACAAAAAUUAAUUCAACAACAAUUAAAAGAACAACAACAAUUUAAAGAACAACAAUUACAACAUGCUCAACAAUUAAAAGAAGAACAAAAUAAAUAUCAAUUAUUUUAUGAUAGUAUUUAUGGUAAUCAAAAUAGUGGUGGUGGUAGUAGUGGUAGUGGUAGUGGUGGUGGUAAUCAUCAUAACCAUCAUCAUCAUCAUAUUCAUGGUGGUGAUGAUGUUAUUAUGGGUGAACAAUCAUUAGUUGGUCAAAUUUCAUUUCAUUUAAAAACACCAUGGAGUCAAGAUAUUCCAUUACCUGCACCAUUACCAAUUGUAACCAUUGAUCAUGUAAUUGGUAAACCUCAUGCUCAAGGUAAACCAACCGAUGAUUGUCUUUUAGAUGAUUGUGUACUUUCAUUUUGUAAUGAUUUGGAUACUAAAGAUCCAAAAGAUGCCCCACUUCGUGUUUAUGCAAUUCAAAUAUUGGGUAUAUUAACCAACAAAGGUAUACACAAAAAUACAUUACAUGAAAUCGUAGGCAGUAUUCAUAAGAUACUAUUGAAUGUAAAGGAAAAUAUAAGUAUCAAAAUGAUUGCAUUGGACCUUUUAGCUUUGGUUGCAAGUCAAGAUGAGGUAACUAUCACUCAAAUUUUGGAUUUUGGUUUAAUUACAACCAUCGUCAAAUUAAUUCAUACCGCUGAAGAACCAUUGAAAGCAAAAUGUUGUAAAUUCUUUAGUGUUCUCCAUAAUGAAGUUGCCAUUGUUUCUGCUCUAUUAGAAAAUAAUGGUAUUCCAUUAAUCACAACACUCUUAGAGUCUUAUGAUUAUCUAUUGGUUGAACAAGCACUUCGUUGUCUAGUUGCUUUGGCUCAAGAAGAUCGUACUAUUAAAACCAUUCGUACCUCUAUUGAUCCCAAUGUUAUCUCACGUCUAGAACAUCAUAAAAUUCAAUCAAUCCACGACUUGACUAAUCAAUUGAAAUCUUUAAUCUCUGGAAGUAAAAGAACACUUCAACAAUUUCAACCUCUUAUUACAAAUUCAAAAAGAAUUAGAUCAAAUUCCAUCUCUCAAAAUAAUAAACUUCCAACUUCUAAAAAAUCUGAUGAUUUAUCAAAAUCUGAAACAAAUAUAAACUUAAUUGAUAAUAGUAAUAAUAAUAAUAAUAAUAAUGAUAAUAACCAAAGUAAUAUUUCACUCUCAAGUUCAUCUCCAAAUAUCUCAUUAUCAUCAAAUACAUCACCAACAAUGCCCAUAACAAAUAUUUCAACCGAUACAACAUCAAAUUCUCAAAAUUCAACAAUCAAAUCAAGACCAAUUUCAACAAGUUCAACAAAUUAA